AUGCUGCUGCAUCGUGCACAUGCACUCAAUUUCAGGCUUGUGCGAGGGCCGGCCCGUCACCCUCCCGGCCACCCGACCAUUUCGUAAGCCCGGCCCGGCCCGGCCUUAACGGGGCCUCAAGAAAAAAUGGCCCGCCCGCACAAAACGCGCAAUUUUUUUCUAGUCGGAUAUCAAGUUAUUUCCGACAAAAAUUACGUUUUUGCUCAAUUUUUCACUUAAAGUUUAACAAAACUAUGAUUUCAAAAAGUAAAAAGUAACAUUUCGAUGAAAAAUUUUUUUAAAUGAAAUUUCAAUCUUGAGAUUACGGUACUCUGAGAUAACGGCUCCGAAGAUUUGCGGACUUGAGAACAAAUCGUACCAUCGAAAUCAUAUAUGAUGCCGUGUUCAAUUUGAUUCCGCGAAAUGCAAAAUACCCGUUAGAGACAGGAAAAGACCACUAAAUUUUGGAGAGUCAGAGAUAAUUUUGGAUUUCGCGGAAUCAAAUUGAACACGGCAUGAAUUUCUGAAAUUCAGUUAUAUUUUUCACUCUCUGAUGGCUAUUUUAAAUUUCGCGGAAUUAGUUUCAAUACGGCAUUUGUUUUAAGAGAAAUAGAUUCGUCUCAAGACCCAUUAAUGCGCCUUUAAUAAUCCCUGUGUUUACGCGUUUUUUUCUUAUGACAUGGGAACGGCGGAGGUUUUAACCACACCACCUUAAUUUUUGGAUUUGCAUUUUCUUCCACACGGCGUUUCUGCCAGUUGAAGAAAAAUGCAAGGAAUUUUGAAACUCGGCAAAGUCUGCGCACUUCUCGAAAUUCGCCCGCGAAAUUUGAAAAAAGUGGCUUUAUUUUUUUGAUUUUUGUCAAUUUUUUUCAUAUUUUUUUCACUUUUUUUCUUUUUCGUAGAUUGCUGAUAGUAUUGCGGGACCACGAUCGGGGUAUACUCUGGGUUGUUAGACGUUUUUGAACGUAGUUCUGUGAGGCUAACUUUAAAACUCGUGAUGAAGAAGCGUUUUUGAAAAUUUCCACCUGUUUGUAUGGAACAUGUUUCACCCCAUUUUAUGUUUUCUUAUUCUAUUUUUUUGUCGAUUGUUCAGAUUCCUAGGUUGUGGACAUCAAUGAGAUGAAGUUACAUGAAAAAGUCUGUGAAGUUGAGAAAGUAUGUUCCCGAAUUCAUUUAUAUCCGGAUAUUCCGUCAACUUUUUAUAAUAAAAAGUACUUGCUGUGAAACAUAAUCUUUUAUUUGUUUCUCCACAGCAAUAUAGUUUUAUUUAUUCUCUUUUAAUUUCCUCGUCUUUUUUCUUCAAUGUUCAUUCGUUUCUCACACUUAUAUCAUCGGUUAACCUUGUUUUCCAAAUUAUUUGUGCAUGCACUAAACACGUCCUAAUUGACGGAGAAAAGUGGGCGGGGCGUCGCAAAAGAAACACCGUGUCCACUAACAAAAACGCCGUGUCCUAUCUUUACACGUGCACAUUUCCUCAUAUUUCUCUUUCCAACAAAAAACCCCCUAAAGACCUCCCUCAGACUUUGGUAUCUGGUUGGCGUCACCGCUAAUAUGAGCAAGUUCCGCCGUUUCGCCCCCUUCUUUUUUCCCCCAGAUUUCGUGGCUGUUAUUUGUUUGCAAGGACGAGAUUUUCUUCGUGUUAUCUUUUAUAAAACGGAAAUAUCUUCAGGGCGAAGCGAUGGAAGAUAAACUCAGCCCGGAAGAACAAUAUUCUCGGUGUGUUCAAUGCAAAGGAGCUUACGGUAUGAUUUUAUCUCGAAUAUUACUGUAUUACCGUAUUCUUGUAUUUUUCUGGUUUUUAUGUCAUAUGCGGACCUUUUGGCACCAAUAUUUGGAAAGUUUUUUUGAAUAACUGGCCUUUUAAAUUUUGUUUUUUUCUAUCUAUUUGUCCAGAAAAAGAAAAAAAUCGAGGUGUUUUCAUAUUAUAUUUUUGAUAUUUUAAUAAUAUUAAAAGGAAAAAUCGUAAGAUUGAAAUACAUUUGAAUACAGGAUUUUUAUCAUUUUAUCAAUUCAAUUUUUAAUUUUUGACUACAAAAAAACUGAUUUGGGGUUUAAAUUUUUUUAAAUUAGUAACAGGUUUUAAAAAUCAAAAAGGUGGAAUUUAUUUUUAAUUUGCUUGAUCGAGAUCUUUAAAAGUGCGUAAAAUGAUUUUUCCGUUCAAAAAAAUUAGUUUUAAUGCUCUUUAAACUUUAAAAAAUGCGGCAGAUCAGACUGAGUAUUCCUAGUGCCGUAAAUAAUUCAAAUUUUCGAAAAUUAUUGGAAUUUUCUAGCGCUAUGAAACAAAUUAAGUUCAUUACGAAAUAAAUUCAAUCGAGCUCAAAAAUAUUCUCUUUUUUUGGAUGAGAAAAUUGUAAUACGCUUCUUUUUGCUAUACGUAAUCCCAGUUGUCGGGGAAUAUUGAAGUUUCCUAGCUUUAUGUAACUUUGAAAGUUUCAAAAAUUCUAUUCCACUCGAAAAAAAUAAAUAAAUUCGACUCUAAAAUUAAUUAUUCUCUUUUUGAGAGUUAUGAGCCGAGUUCUACAAGAUCUCCGGAUUUAAAUAAAUCUAAAUAAUUCAAAUUGUCAAUAAUUCUUGAGUUUCAAAAAGCUUAAUCGGAUCUCGUGAAGUUAACAAAAACAUAAUUUUGAGUUCAAAAAAACGAAAUCGGUACGUUUUUCAGACGGAAAAAAAUCAGAAUCCCUGCGUUGGGACUUGCAGCCACACGAUGUGUACGCAAUGCAAAGAUGAUUCUUUCAGGUUCUUAUUAAUUAUUUUUAAUCGAUCAUUUUUCGUUUCAUUUUCAGCACAUCCACAUGCACGUACUGUGAACGAAAAGAAGCCUUCAUCAAAAGAACCAUUAAUUAUAUUGUUAAAGGUUUCUUUUUCGUAAUUUUGAAAAAAUAAUCAAAGUUUUUUUUCCAGAUAUCCUGUUCGAAAAGGCGUCCAAAAGGCAAGCGGUUGGUUUUUCUUACUUUAUAAUUUUUUUUCGCGCGAUCACUUUUCAUAAAAAAAGCAAUGAAAAACGUUACCGUAAUCCCAGUUUUUUUUUUGUUGUAUUUUCGCCUCGAGACCCUUCAAAAAACUAACGACUCUCCAUGAGAGUAUACGAGUUUUUUAGGGAGAAAACUUUAAAAUCUGAAUUAAAAGUUUCUUUUUUUAUUUCAAACAGUCUGACCUGUCUGCGCUCUCUUUCCCCUCAACGGUGAGGUCAUAGAAACGUGAAAAUAGCAUGGAAAAAAGGGAGAGCCGCAGAGAAAGAGAGAAAAGAAGGCGCGAAAAAAUUGAAUCUUUUUGAAUUUCGAAUGUGAUACUGAGAAAAUUUUUAGUGACCACUAGAGUAGUCGAAUUAGUGGACACUCAAGUGGCUACAAGACCACUAAAACGGAAGAUAGAGGGCUCCUAAAGAUGGUUUAUAGCUGAUUCACGGCUGGCUUGAGCCAUCGAAAAAAGGGUCCUGACGCGAUAAUGCACGAGAUAGUGCCUGGCUCGUGGAGAGCGCAGACAGGAAACGCCCCUUUAGCAACCUAAGCUAGCCGUGAUUCAGCUGUAGUGGCCACUCUAGUGUCCUAUCCGAGUAGUCCUUAAAAAACCUCUCAAGUGGAGUUCUCCCAGUAAUCAUGGAAUUUUAAUUUUUUUUUCCAGAUUGAUGGCCACUGCUCAGAAUGCCUCAGUUACUCCAGCAAACUCAGGAUUUGUCUGGACUGUGGCGGAAAAAGCGGAUUCUUGAAACGAAGCGAUUCUUCGGACAACAAAUUUGCCAGCUUUUCCGAAACUUCCGCCUAUAAAGUGAUUGCUUUUUGAUUCUUUUUGUGUAAAUCCCCAUUUUUUUUUUACGAUUUUAGAUAAUUUGACUUGCCUGCGCUCUCUUUUUCCUCGUCAGAAAAUAUGAAAAGAUCUCAAAAAUAUGAGAGAGAAGAGAGAGCGCAGAGAAUUGGGAUACGAUGUUUAGUGAAACGCGCUCUAUUGAUAAAGAAAUUGGACGCAAAUCGGACGUGUCGUCGCAUUUCUAGGGACCACUUUAGUAGCCUCAGAACUCUUAAGUGAUCCCUAGAAUUGCUCAGAAACGUCCGGAGCACUUCCGUUUCUCGUUCCGAGAAAAAACUGGGAAGACCUGCAGGAUUUUUUUCGAAUUUUUUUAAUCUUUUUAUCGUUGCUAGAGUCAGUGUGCAGGAACUCGAAAAAAGUUUAUCAAAAAGAAAAAGAAAUAAUAAGAUUUUUUUCCUGUUCCUAGCGAAGACGGCGUUGUAGUUUUUUUAGUUUUUUUCAAAAUUUUUCAGAUUUUUAAAACAAAAAGAAAUUCUUUAGUGAACAAAAAUUCGAAAUAUAUUGAUUAUUUUUAGGUAUUAAAUCACGCGAUUUGCUGUGACUGUUUGAUCGAUGGCGCACAUGAAAACCAUCAACACGACAACCUUUUCAAUGUUUUUGGUUGGUUUUUAUUUGUUAUGAGGGAAAAAGUUUUAAAGUUGUUCGCGAAGCAGUAUCCAUCUUUUUCUAGCGCUUUUUCAUGAUUUUUUUAGCCCUAGAGGUUCUUUUUUGAAUAUAGAAAGCCGAACUGAAAUUCAGGAAAAGAGAAAUUAGAAAGACCAUUUUGUAAUUUUUGUAUCGAAUAGGUAAAAUGAAAAUUUUUUUGGCAGGUGAAACUUUUUUUGAACUCUUUUAGGACCUUAAAAAAAUAAUUUUAUCAUUUUUCAAGGACUUUAACCUUUAAGCCUCAGAAGACCUCUUGGACUUUUUAGUGGUUGAUGAAAUUAACUUUUUCAUUUUUUUCAGUUAUUAUUUUUAUAGCUGAACACCAUCGUGCCGCCUAAAAGGUCAAGAGAAGUUUCCCAUCAAAAUGUGGACCAAAAUAUUCCCACAUCUUCAAAUCAAAUACAUGACGAGGUUUGCCAUUUCAACUCUGAAAUUUAAAGCCCUCACAUUGAAUCUGGUUAUAAGAAUGUUUAGGUACACGUAGUUGAACAAUCAGACGAGCCACUUCCAAAAAAGACUCGACUUUUUGUCCCAAUUCCGACGGUUCGUAAUAUUUUUCAAAGAUCGAAGCUUCACUUUUUCCAGUUAUUUCUUUUCCAGUUAUAACCAAUGGAGGGUUUCAAGCCAAAAAACAUUUUUUCAAGAAAAAAUAAAAUUUUUCAGACCGCAGAGCUGCCCGAAAACGAAUAUUACUUCGUCGACCCGACCUACAAAUAUCAGUCCCCAAAUUUCCGACUCGUUUUCUGA